CUAAUUUGGUUAUGCGGCGAGUGCUCGCAGCAUCCGGUCAGUGGCUCAUGAAGACUACAAGAACGCUUGGAAGCCCGUCCUUUGCGCCUGAAGACGCGGCCCUAGGCGCAUAAGACUAUAUUCAAUUUAAUCCAUCCAUGCGAAUGAAACAGCUGGAGAGCAAUGAUGACCUUGGGCCUCGGGGCUUCAAGCUCGUUCGCGUGUUCAGCCCUUCGAGCUAUGAUCCUGUUGCCGGUAUAGAAUGGCGGCCGCCCAAGGAUUCGGAUGAGCUGUUUGAAGCUUUGAAAAAGGCAUUUCCUACUAGAAAGACGCAUCGCGAGCGGAUGUGCGAGGCAUUGGUUCAAUUUCUAGCAGCGGAACUUGGAAAUGCUUCACCAGAGUCGGCAGCCGACGUACCAGAAAAGCGCAAGACCGUCGACAAGGUCAAGUCGGCAACUCAAUCUUACCAGGAUUCAAAAAGGCCUCUUUUCAGAAUGCACGCUCCAUGCCUGGAGCAAAAUGGAUCAGGUGCAAGCGCGAAGAAAGCCACGAGCAAUCACCAGGCAGGAAAGAGCUCUGCCAAUGGAAUGGAUGACGUUGCAGCCAAAAAGAGCAAGGACUGGGAAGACAUGACAGUCGUGUGGAAGAGUGACCUUGGUCUUACAAAGGGGGCAAGGCCACGUCGUACGAUGACCGAAGAGGAGCGGACGGACUAUCGGAUGCGAAGGGUGCGAGGAGCAUGUGUGGCCUGCAAAAGAAAGAAGCGCAAAUGUAACCAUGAUCCUGAUCCAUCACCCCGUUCAUCGCUCGAGGCGGUUGGCGAUUCUCCGAAAUUAUUGACUCCUGUAUCAAGCCAGGCUGAAGGAUCUCUGCGAUCAACACCACGGCAGUCACCCGAUUCACCCUUUCGAUCAUCAGAGCAAGGAAUCUCAGGAGCCUCAAAAUCCACAGAAAAGAUACACGAGGGAUCUAAUAAGCCAGAUGACGGUCAGAAGCCUGGUCGAGUUGAUGAGAUGUUCUCUACAGUCGGAUUCCCUUCGAGAAAAUCAAACAAUAUCGUUGAAACUACGACAAACAUUCGCCGCACGCCGAGCUUUAUAGACCUAGGAAAUUCCGUGCCUUCACAUCGCGAAGUCUCACUCUAUCAAUACGCCACUCUGCCGGGUGACGAGCCGCAGUUAUGCUGGGAUCUUUCUGCAAACGAACUGCAAAUGCUGGACUUGCAGCACCAUACAGGAAGCACAGACUUUAGUAGUCUCCCCGUCGAUGCCGGCUCCAAUGACACGUACGGGAACGGUCUGUCUGCUUACACAUGGGAAUCAAACAACUCGACAAGCUUUGACUGGGCAUUGCCUUUUCACGCGAACGGCAAAUCCUGGAUCGAUACAAUACAUCAUGCGGAUUUGGCUCCAAUGCAUCAUGUCUCAAAUAUUCAGCAGUGCAAGAACCUCGAUCUCGGCCGUGCCAUAACCACAGUUGAUUCUAUCGCGCAUGUUAAAGAGCACUCUCUUCCCGCCAACGUAAAUCUACUCCACAGCAACCAUGUCCCCAUCCCUGACGAACUAGAGAAUCACUGGGCGCAGCACCAGGCCCAAAUCCACGUUGAGCAAUGGCUUAAGCAAAAGAUGAUUGAAGAACACUCCACUCCGCUCAAUCCAGAGCUUGAGGCUCCGCAGCUUGUCGAACACACGCCCGCGUCUCCCAAGCGACGAAAAGUAAAGUUCGAUUUUUCGUCGCUCAUCGAUGGCCCGCCUACAUUGUCGCCUCCACCUGCAGAGCCUUGGCAGCUGGGAGAGGGAUUGCAUGGCGUCGAGAAACAAGAGCAUCACGAACAGCUUCUAGAAUCUAGACCGCCGCGAAGCACAAGUCGACACUCGACGGGUUCGCGAAUGAGCUUCUCAGAUAUCAUUUCGCUGUCUUCCGCAAUGACAUCAUUGUCAGUGAAGGACACCGGAUCAGAGCGAAAUAUGGAUGAUGAAGAGGAAAAUGCGGACGAAGAAAGUUUCCAUGGAGAUGUUGGAAGUGACGCAGAGCAGAGUGCCGAUCAAGAUUCGUCCUACGGGGAUGAGCUGAGCGAGGAAGACGAAGACGAGUGGAUCAGGUGGAUCGCGGAUCCUCACAAAGUAACCGAAGGGUCCAAGGAUGAUCUGUUUGAAAAACACGUUCGAAUCGGAAUACCAAAAAACCCUUAAGUUUAAUCCUAGUGGGGGUAUCAUGACCUAUCUAUGCUAUCAAAGUUGAAUUUUCCAGUACCGAUCUUCAAGGAUACAAGCCUCUAUCUCAAUCAAAGACCAAUGAGCACAUCUAAGAAGUACAGGCGAUCUUUUCGACUAAUUUUUUCACUGUGGCUUAAUUACGCCCAUUUUCCGAGCAAAGCCAUCAAACCAGCACCCAAAGACAUCAAGACGAAAGCGCUUAGAAGCGUAGAUAUCUUAGCCUUUUGCAUUGACGGACUGAACAUGAAUUCAUGUGCCAUCAAUUCGACGAGACCCGUAUACCUACCGGAAAUGCUGUCGAACACGCCGUUCGUAAUUAAGGCCGUUCUUCCACCGGGAGGAUAACUAUUGGAGAAAUUAGCAUUGAACGCACGAAGUUAUACAAAUUGAAAAUCAAAUCAUGCGAAGAUCCGAACAACAAGAAUAAAUCUCAAGUUUCGCAUGGCUUCGCACGAUUAGACGCCGGUAUUCACGUUCACUUACGUCAUUCGCACACCCAGAC